CGACUUCCUACUUCCCCCCCAAAAGCUGACACGCAUCCACCGGUCAGCUCGCCGCUUUGUUGUUCGUCCCCACCGCGGCAGCUCCACGUCUGCGGCCGCUGGCGCUGGUUUAUGCUCGGCUCUCUGCUCGGUAACGUGUCUCGCGGGGCGCAGAGCUUGUUGUACCGGCUGUCGCUGACGAUGAAGCCCCAGGUUGUGUUCGUCCUCGGCGGGCCUGGAGCCGGCAAAGGGACCCAAUGCUCCAAAAUCGUGGAGAAUUACAGCUACACCCAUUUGUCAGCUGGGGAUUUGCUGCGGGCGGAGCGAGCCCGAGAGGGGUCCGAGUUUGGGCAGCUCAUUGACAACUACAUCAAGGAGGGCAGGAUCGUCCCUGUGGAGAUCACCAUCAACCUGCUCAGGAAGGCAAUGGAAGAGACCAUGAAGAAAGACGAUAAAAAGUUCCGUUUCCUCAUAGAUGGUUUCCCUAGAAACGAGGACAACCUGACGGGGUGGAACACCGUUAUGGUCGACAAAGCAGAUGUCAAAUUUGUGCUUUUCUUUGACUGCAGUAACGAGGUUUGCAUCGACAGAUGUCUUGAAAGAGGGAAGAGCAGUGGACGCACUGAUGACAACAGAGAAAGCUUGGAGAAAAGAAUCCAAACCUACCUGCAGUCUACCCGACCAAUCAUUGAACUGUAUGAGAAACACGGCAAGGUGCGCACCGUAGACGCCUCUCGCUCCGUCGACAAGGUGUUCGCUGAUGUGAAAGCCGUCCUGGACAAAGAGGGUUGAGUUUCCCCGCGCUGCUAACAACAUUCACUUAAUCUACUUUAGUACCAUAAUACGUUUAUAUUUCUGUUCAUAUUACAGACAUUUUUCCUUUCGCUUACAUAAUUAUGGUAACAAGUUUCCAACUGUUUUGUAAAAUGCUGCACUGUUUGGUUGUGAGUGUGUGUACAAUACGAAUUGGUAUGAAUGAGAAGUAGAGUUGCCAAGCAGCUCCUGGGGAUCAAUUAGUUCAUGCUCAGAAGGGCUUGUUCAGCAUAGUUGGAGGCCUUUGCAAAGGCACAAAGUGUCUCAUAAUUUGCUUAGAUAGGCGCUUCAACUGUCAAUUUAAAGAUGGAUCUAGCAGUGAAAGAAAGAAACAUGCAUCAUAUCAUUGGAAGCAGCCAUGAUGCUUCAUACAACAUUGAAUAUCCAAUAGCCUCCAAAUAAAACACAUGAAACAUCUGUCUCAUGUUUAAUGGGAGGUACUGCUGGAGCAGGUGCUUUUAUGCCACUUAGAGUUGUCGGGUAGUUAUUAUGUUUGUGUUGUAGAUGACUUGAAUAUGAAUGAAUAUGUACUUUGACACAACGCCUUGGUGUGCGUAAUCAAAGCUAUGACAUGUGGGAUAAAUCAUAGAGAAAACAUGUAGAUGCAAAUCGUCAUUUUAAAUCUGCGCUGUACCCUCUUGAAAAAGUGUUUACUUUUAUCCCCAUGUUCUGCUCAAUUAAUCUGCCAUAUGUAGAAAAUACUAAGCACGUGUUUUGUACUUAAAUACAAUGGAAUUUGAGGUUUUUUUCUUUGUUUACCUUAUUUACUGUAGUGCAUUACCUUAAAAUAUAUAUAUUUUAAAUAAUUCUCUGUUGCACAAGUUUUAGAAAAUCACGAGACUGUGCAAAAUAGCUUUCAGCCAGCAGGGGGCGCUAAACCUCCUGGUAUAAUUCUGCAUGUUAUCUAAGUGUUUUUUUUAACUUGGAUUUUUACAAAGGAGAAAAAAAUACUUAUUCAACAAUAAACUUAUUACAAUAUCA